GCAACAUCCGGAGGCCAAGGCAAGCCAUCACAUUUCUAUGUCCCGCCUCGCGGUGCACCCUCAAACGGGCAUCGGGCUCUGAAUAUGCAAAUCGUCCACUUUUCUACACUUCCUCCGCGGCCUUGCCGCAGAUCGUGAGCCUUGCCAAGCAGAUCUCGCUCUGCGGUUACCGCAGACCUUUUCUUAUCCCGUCGUCUGCCUGACACCUGGGGCGGCGAAUGAUCACUUCGACAGGUCACGGGCUUCCAAUGCCCCGGGAAGCAUACGCACUACCGAGUCCCGCAAUCUGGCGAGUUCGUACUGCGUUCUAGCCUGCACGUGCACUGUCACUUGUGGGUGUCCGACGUCGGUUCGCUGCCGUGGCAUCGAACGCGGGCAUCGCCCGAAUCAGCAUUCCGUAACGUGUCUAUAAGAGUGUACGAGCGACUCGCACACUACGCGCAGGUACACACAUCACGACGUUCCUCGCCCCGUUUCUCCGUCCUUCUCCGACAUCAGCCCCGCUCAGAGUGUUGAAAUUCCUGGAGCACGGAAUGCCUCUACGACGACGCUAGCCUUUUGACUGGUACUAUACUCGUCCGUAGCCGACCUAGCGUAUCUCCUGAGCCACAUUCUUGCUCUCUGCGUUCCGCCGGCUGAGAGACCGAGCUGCAGCGUUCCGCGUUUGACUCUUGGCCACCAGCCUCGCGCACCACACAGAGCUCGAUUGCUGGAUUCCGCCGGUGCAAUGCGUCGCCUGCAACAGUUCGAUCUUCGCCUCUUGAAGCGCGGCACCUCCCAUCUCGUGGCGACGGCAUGAUUCCGGACCGGGUGAGGGUGGUCCAGCGGCUCGCGCAUCCGACGAAUUAUAUUGAGCUCGAGUUGCAGCAGUCGCCUGUUCCUCGUUGAAAGAAUUCCGCUCGGCCGGAGGAUCGAGCGGACUCGCUCGGUUCGGGUCAGCUGGGGCCGAACCUGCGGUAAUGCGAAUGGGUGCGGCUUAGGGAGAGGCGCCCGGCUGGCUUCAGCUUUGCCUCGUGGACAGAUUCCGUCGGGGUCACGAGACGCGCCGAGAUUGCUCGAGCAACAGGGCCCCGGAUUCCUGGAACGCCGACAGUGCCCCGAGCUCGCUCCGGGCGAAUUCCUGAGGUUUGCCCCUGUGCCUCUCGGUUCUCGGUGUGUGCACCAGGCUCCGCUGCAUCCGAGGCCCCGCCGAUCCGUUCGCGGGCGCCGUGUUUUCCGUGUGCGUUCAUGAAUUGCCGUCGAGCUGAUGCGUGUCCUGGGCACUGUAGCCCUUUUGUCUCGAGUCCCAGCGCGACGCUGUAGGCGUCGAGGGCCCGCUGGCUGGCUGCGAGGCAUCCGUCGGCCCCCCUCUCCUCGAUGGGGCGAUGCCGACAACUCCGUUACAGGGCUCGGGCCGGGCAUCUUCGGCCGAGCCCGCUGCCACUGUGCUGCAGCGCAACCGCGUUCCUCGUCGGCAAUGUGUCCGUGCCUGACACUUUCCCAGCGCCUCCGAUGUCGCUCACACUUUUGCGCCGACGGAUCCUCCGUUUGGUCGGAUCUCGCAGCUGCCCUUGAGCGGAGCUGAAUUUCUUGCGCUCUCGCAGCGACUCGGGUCAAUGGCCUUGACAUAUAUGAGGCGUCGCUCUGCGCUCGCUUUCUCCAUGCACACUUUCACGCCACAGCCCCUGACUUCUGCCUUCGCAGCCCCAGCAAGAGGCUGUCGAAGCUCACCUGCACUCCUGCUGCCCCACGCUCGGUUUGGGGCGUGCUAAACCCUGCGUCUCGCCCGUCGCUUUCCUUGUCGUCUCUUUCCAUCGUCUUUCCCGCUGUGUUGCUGCGCAUCUUUGCGGGCUUCUCCGAGCACCGCGAGGUAGAUCCUUGUCCUUCCGCAGACUUCCUUCGCUUCCGAUCCAACGCGCGGCAAUUCGCGCCAGCCGAGCAGCCGGUCGUGGCGCCGACGGUGUCACGCGUUUGCUGCCCCUGCGUUUUGAUGUUGAAGCCGAUUGUGGUUCGAGAUUGAGGGCAGAAAGCAGCAAGGGGAUUGAUUGACUUGGAUUCCUCAUGGCUCUGUUCCUCGCUCAGAUAUCUGUGUGGUUUUUGCACCGCCGGUCGCUGUAGAGUUCGUACUCACGUGAAGAAAGCGUUUGCAGUGAUGUCCCAGAAAUCCGAGAUCGCGGGCGUGGAAUUUGGAUUGGUGGAAGUCUAGCUUUUCAUCGGCUGGGCGAUGGAAUGGAACUGUAAGCUGCCGUCAAGCGAGUGGACGAGGUCACCUUUUUACUUUGACGGAUUGCUCGCACUGCGAUGAAGAGAUCUCCCCGCUUGCAUUCACCUCCUUCUAAACGCCAUUGUGACGACCGAUACUCGCGCUCAAGUAGAAGUCAGUUUUGUGCGUAUCGGAAUUGUGACAGACCCCGCUGGGAGAGAUCACCCGGUGUGUUUCAUCAGUUUUGUGGCAAAAUGCAUUAUAAUUUCUAUAUGGAAGAGGAACACGGGAUGCAGGAGAAUUGCGCUGCACGAGACCAUGGAUAUAGCCGAGACAAGAGGUGCAGGCUCGCUGGUUGCGACAAUCCAGUAUAUGUCGAAUCCUACAGAACUCACGACUUUUGUUGCAGGUCGCACAUGCUCGAGUAUACCACGAGGUCUACGAGGGAAUAUUAUAAGCUGGGCAGGAUUUGCAAAAUUCGUGACUGUUAUCGAUUUACAUACGUCGAGGACACCAAGGUUCACGACUACUGUGGCCUCAGGCAUGCCAAACUGGCUGCAGCUGCGAAGGGUGCAGGUACAGACGUGCAUAAGAAGGACGAUCAGAUGCUGGAUGUGACUGGCGAAGAAAUCAACUCCAAUUCCGAUCAGGACCAAGACUCGGAAUUGGUCACUUCGAAUCAGGAAAGUGAGAAGCACUCACUAUCUAUCAAAGAUGAUUUCGGUAACAGUGGUUUUGAUGGACACAUCGGCGAUCAUGACUUGCGGGACUACCUCAGAGCAGCUCAGUUGGUACUUCUCGAAGACUACUUUCAAGGAAGGACGAGUGAUGCUAACCCGAAUAAGGUUGACAUCUUCAAGGGAGUAGGGGCCUCGAGGUUUCGUCAAAUCAACAUUUAUCAAGGAGCAGAGAUAUCAAAGUUGCAUCCUUGGGAGAUUGUCCCCGGGUCCAAGCCCAGGUACCUUCUUACCAUCACGAGCAAAACUAAAGUUUCCAGGCAGACGAGGGAAGGUCGGUGCUGGAAACAAACCGGCCCUCCCUAUCGAAAAUUCAGUGGACUUCAGUGCAAAUACUUUGGGUACAAGCAGACUAGUGUGAACAAACAAAAGCCCGUUGCCAGACGGCAGAGUAUAGCAAAAGACAACUGGACGCUACAUGAGUACUUUCUAGAUGAGACGGCUCUCACCGAGCUUGCAGCUUCGAAGGGAAUCACUUUGACGAAAGGAGGCAAGGAGCCAUUUAAUCUUCGGAGACCUGUGAUCAUGAAGAUCUUUCGGGGUGACGGUGCCGACCAUGGUGUAGCGGAAAACAUGACAGGAAUUCAAUCCGAUGUGAAAGUCCUUUCACCAACUGUGCGAGAGGAUUCUGCAUACAUGGACUCAGCUGCUAGUAUAUCCAUACCAUCACCGGGUGACCAGGACUGGCCUGGAUUGGACGGAUUGGACCGAUUCGGAAUUUGGGAUGCAAGUUUGGGAUCAUCGUUAUAUUAUACACAUCCUAAUUAUCCACCCUUUAAUUCUCCUGCUUAUGACGAUACGCACUGCUGGGGUAUCCACUCUUAGCAUGGUCAUCCUAGUGUAGGCUUUUUAGAUCUUGCAGUCCUUUUCUUCCAUUUGGCCAACAACCCAAAUGGGGCCUUCCCAUCUUUUUUGUUAUCCACUUGGCCCCCUCACCCAAAUGGACUAAAAGAACUGUAAUAGCCAUCUCUUUUUGUACACCAUACAAUUUGUAUACUAAAUUGCAAGUAGUUAUUCUGUCAAACCAUGGAGCAUAUUCGAUUUCUCAUGGUUUUGCGUAUCAAUC